GAGAUUCUGACAAAAAUCCAAUCACCGACGAACUACUAGUAACUGAAGAAGUGGCCGGAAAUUAUAAGUUUUGAUUUUUAUCAGCCUUUUCCGACAAUCCCCCAUUGCAACCAUUAAUCGUGCCCAGUUAGUCAUUUAGAUUGAGAUUAGAAAUUACUACAAUCUAAGAAGAGUAUAUUUAAAUACAUAUAUGGAUAAUAAUUCGGUUUCUUUACGGCAAAAAACUCGCCGGCCUCCCGAUCGUGUUGAUAGUUCAAGCUUCCAGAUUAAAGGUGCUGAUGGUUUCUCUGAUACAAACAAGUUAUCUGCGGAGUUCCCAAUUAAAAAUAUGUGGAAGAGAGGAUUUGUUCGUUUGCUUCUAGUGGGUGGUAUUCUGUGGAUGCUGCUCAUUCUAACUGUACUUCUAUUUCAUAUAUGGACUUGCCAAUCGUCUAUUGUUUUCUUUUCAGCUAUCUGUAACAAAGAAAGCCAAGUUUAUUACAUGCUACACACAAUGGGGCUAGUAACACCACCACACCGCUGUUCUAUUCCCCUUGCUAGUGACCCAGAAAAAGUAGUAAUUCCUGAGAAAAGGACUCCUUCAAAGUUUGUUCAAAGUUUAUCGUACUUUGAGGAGGAUGAUGCAUACAUAAAUGGAUCAGAGUCAUCUCCAUUAUUUGGAGGGCAUCAAACUUGGAAACAGCGAGAGGAUAGUUUUAAGCUAAAAUCAAGCACAAAGGUGCAUUGUGGGUUUAUGCGGGGUGGUGGUGCAGAAAUGUCUCCUAAAGACAUUGAAUAUGUUAAGAAAUGUAAGUUUGUGGUUGCAUCUGGAAUAUUUGAUGGAUAUGAUACACCUCAUCAGCCAUCAAAUGUAAGCCCACGAUCCAAAAAAUUGUUCUGUUUUCUUAUGGUGGUGGAUGAGAUAUCUCUAAAUUUCAUUAAGCAAAAUGUUACUGUGAGGGAAGAUAGUGACGGGGGAGAAUGGGUAGGAAUUUGGCGCAUUAUUCUACUAAAGCAUCCACCGUAUGAUGAGCCUAGAAGGAACGGGAAGGUUCCUAAGAUAUUGACUCAUAGGCUCUUUCCUCAAGCUCUUUACAGUAUCUGGAUUGAUGGAAAAAUGGAGCUAAUUGUAGAUCCAUUGCUUAUGUUGGAAAGGUAUUUAUGGCGUGGGAAGCAUACAUUUGCGAUAGCUCAACACAAGCAUCACAAGAAUAUAUACGAGGAGGCUGAUUCUAACAAGCGAAGGAAACGAUAUGCUCGGCCUCUUAUUGAUCGCCACAUGAAAAUAUAUCGUUAUGAGGGAUUAGAGCCCUGGAGCCCAUUGAAGCAGACCAAAAGUGACGUGCCAGAAGGGGCUAUAAUCAUACGUGAACAUACUCCUUUGAAUAACUUAUUUAGUUGCUUGUGGUUCAACGAAGUAAAUUUACUCACACCAAGAGAUCAGUUAAGCUUUGGCUUUGUUGUCUACAGACUAAAGGGACAAUUCAAGUUCUUCAUGUUCCCAAACUGCGAGUAUAACUCAAUCUUUAUAUUACACCCACAUACUCGUGAACAUUCUUCUAAAAUCGAGUGGGUGAAAUCUCUAAAUGAGCUUAAAGGCAACAAUAGUAGUUUAAAAGAAAGCCGGGGAGGAUUAGGGUUGUGGUCACCUUAUCCAGGCGACCUUGAUUCGGUUUUGCUUCCACCCGUUGCAAGAACAUCCAAAGCCGGAUGAUAGUUAUUGAACAUUAUUUGAGAGUCAUAUUUGUGUUUUUUUAGAAUGCUGUUUCUAUACGCAUCUUAUAGAAAACGUUAUAUAGUAGAUGUUUACUCUGUUGUUAGGUUGUUAUCUUGAAGGUUGUAGGGUAGAAUUUGUUUAUUUUUUCAGAUCGUAGAUCUAGGAGAAAAGAUUAUUGCCGUAAGUGAUGAGGUUGUUUUGCACUAAAUAUUGAUUCUUCGGAAAUUCGAAAUGUUAUUUUAGCUGUAUAAUACUUUUGUUGUUUUCA